AUGUCGGUAACAUUCGGCGGAGACGAAGUAUCCGCCAUUGUGAUGGACUUUGGGUCAUCAAUUACAAAAGCUGGCUAUGCUGGAGAAGACACUCCAAGAGCUGUCUUCCCGUCAUGGCUCGGUGUCCCCCCUGGAUCUGAUACAGUCGACAACAAUAUAAAGGGUAAACAGCCAAUCCUACCUACCGACGAUGCUAUGGAUGUCGAUUUAAGACCAAAUACUCAACAUCCUGUAAAGAAACGUAAAAAGAGAUUUGUGGGAGAGAAUCAAGCAUACUUGUGGCAACCUGCUGUUGAAAUGAAGAAUCCUUUCGUGGAUGGUGUCUUACAAGACUUUGACUUGUUGGAGUCCUUAUGGGAUCAUGCCAUGUAUGGAAGUCUCCGUGUCAAUACUACAGAACACCCACUAUUAUUGUCAGAAGCACCCUUCAAUGUACAAAAGACUCGAGAAAAGCUCACAGAGCUGGCAUUCGAAAAGUAUGGCGUGCCUGCAUUCUAUCUGGAAAAGAGUCCUAUAUUGUCUGCUUUCGCUUUUGGACGUGGAUCUGCCUUGGUCGUUGAAUCAGGAGCUGGAAGUACAUGUGUCACGCCGGUGUCUGAAGGUCACAUACUUCGAAAAGGACUCAAACGACAACCUAUUGCUGGUGACUUUUUGACUCGGCAAGCUGAAUUGUACUUGAGACAUGCCGGUGUCGUUGUCGAGCCCCAAUAUCUCGUGUAUCAGAAACAACCAGUCGAUGCAAAUGCUGCACCUAUAUACACUCGUCGUGAUCGAGCAGGAACGACUCAAAGCUGGCAUCGUCAGGCCACCUUGAGGGCAGUGAAUGAUUUCAAAGAGACUGUUUGUAUUGCUUGGGACAAGGAACCAUACAAUGAGCCAUACGCAUUGACAAAAGGAGCCAAAUCGUACGAGUUCCCUACUGGCUUCAACCGGUCGUUUGGUAUAGAGAGAACCAAGAUUAUGGAAACAUUGUUUGAUCCUGCCUAUGCUCUUAAAGAAUAUGAAACUGAUCCAAAUGUUCAAUAUGUCGGUAUUGGAAACCUGAUAAAGCAAUCUAUCGACACAAUCGAUCCCGACAUUCGACCAAUGAUGGUGAGCAAUAUCAUUCUCACUGGUGGAAAUACCUUGAUUCCUGGACUGUUGGAUCGUCUCCAGACCAUGUUGUCUCGUAUGCCUGGAAACGGCAAAGUCAGAGUAAGUGCUUCAUCACAACCUGUUGAACGUAAAUUUGGUGCAUGGAUUGGGGGUUCCAUUUUGUCUUCUCUUGGUACCUUCCAUCAGUUGUGGGUGGCAAAGAGGGAAUAUGAAGAGAAUGGUGUGAAUGUUUGCGAAAAGUACUUGCAUUAG